AUGCCGCGGAUUCGCUGGGAUUCAGGCUUUCUCGGAAACGAGAAGCCGAUGGCGCCGCUGGGAUGCCGCGAAUUUGAUGACUUCGACAUCAACCCACCAUGCCAAGUGCCCUUCAUGGGGCGGCUAGAUUCUGCCGCCGCCGCCGGCGGCGGAGGCGGGCUGAUCAAGUCAUACGGGUGGGUCCUUCGCCAUUGCGCCGCGAUCGGCUCGUUAAGUGGAUCGGUUGACCGCGGAGGUUCCCUUAAGUGACUUGCAUGCUUUGGAAGUAUGGAUGGUGGGAAUAAUAUGACGUAAUCGUCGGACAGUCAGCGAACUUGAUGUUACUUCUUUCCAUAUAUAUUUCUACUUUCCGAAUCUGGUUUGCAUGCCAAUCGCCUUCUUUUUUUCCCGUCGCUCCUUCGAGUCCUCCGCAAUCCCUCAGGCGCACCGAUCGAAUUUUCUCUGAUCCUUAGUCUCUCUCUCUCUCUAUCUAUCUAUCUAUCUAUAUAUAUAUAUAUAUAUAUAUAUAUAUAUAUAUAUAUAUAUCCAUCUAUCUGUCUGUCUGUCUGUCUAUCUAUCUAUCUAUCUAUCUAUCUGAGGACUAGGAAACGGAUAGAUACCUGUAUGACUUGACCUUGUUCUCCCUGUGAAGGGCCGCCGCUUUGGUUGAUUAUUUCCUUCCAAAUUAAUGGACGCCUCACAGCGCCAAUGAACCCCCGCUCAAGGUCAAAGGAGAGGCCCGUCGCCUUCUAUCGCGAAGCAAAUCAUGAUCAUAGUUUAAUAAACAAAUAAAGGCGCCAACAUCUCGCUCUUGUUGUGGGAGGAAAGAGAUAGUAAGUGGCUUGCGGCGUUAGGGUCGUUCCCGGGAUUGUUGGAAUGGAAGAUAAGAUCCAUCUUUUAUUAAGGGAAAUGCAGCCGUGUAUUUUCAGCGGCACCGCCUGCACUCUGGAGGCUCCUCGAGGUCAUCUUCGCUCGGUGGUGGGAGCCUGACCCCGGCCAUUGUCCUUCACUUGCCUGCCGUCACGACUAGGGCUCCCCCUUUCCCUCCCUUCCCCGGAAAGAGAUCCUGGUGGAUUACAUUUAAUGGCCAGCUUUCCACCCAAUAAAAAGGGAACAGCUACUUUCUUCCGCAGUCCAUUAG